UUAAUAUAAAUUUCCCCAAAAGAAAAAUCAUUUUCAUUUUCUAACCAGCCGUGUCCUCUGAGAAAGAUAGCGUGAAAACAAUCUAGGGUUUGCUGCGUCUAUCAAGCUAACAUCAACAAUGGCGUUGAGACGAUUCUACAACGAGAUCAGGGGAAAGAAGGUGACCGAGAUCCCUGAACACGUCAAACCGAUGUUCUCCUUCGCUUACCUCAAGACCUCCGUCAAGCGAGGCUUGGACAACUACAGCGAAAAGUACAUCGAAACAGAUUCGAUUCAGCCUCUUCUUCAUGUCCUUUACGGCGGGAUGAUCUUCUCGUACCUCGUCGCUCUUCCCAACGAGCGUCGCCAUCUCGCUCACAAGGAGCAUGCUGAAUCUCAUCACUGAUUCAGGAUCCUUGUUGAUUUGGAGAUGGUUGGUUUAUCCUAUUUUGGUUAGAAAAAUGAAGGCAGAAAGGAUAUUGUCGAUAAAAUAAGUGAUAUUUGAUAAAACAUUCAAGUUUUUUGUCUUUUAAUUGUUAUUGAAUGUGCGCAAAACAUACUUGUACACUUUGGUUCAUGUGAUUUGAUGAUUUCAUCUUGCACCUACCCAUUUAGUUGGUAUAGUUUCAUUUAUAUGCAGAACAUUGAAAUCAAUGUUUUUCAAGACAAAAAAGUAUGCCCUUGGUUUGUUGCAA